CCCUUCAUUUGUCACCCCUUCUCGAUCUUUCUCGCCCAUGGCUUUCCAACCCGUAGAAACGAACUUGCAGUGAGAGAGUGGUAGCGAGGAAGAGGAGGCGGUGGGGAUGUCGAAGAGCUUGGUGCAGCCCAUUGGGCAGAAGCGGCUGACCGCCAUCGCGAUCGUCCGCCUCAAGAAGCACGGCGUCCGGUUCGAGAUCGCCUGCUACAACAACAAGGUCCUUUCCGGGCGAUCGAGGGUAGAGAAGGAUUUGGAUGAAUUGCUGCAGUCGCACACUGUUUAUUCGAACGUGUCGAAAGGUUGGUUGCGGAUUUUGGCGCUAAUGACCGAUCCAAAAUAUGCCUGGAGAUUUCAGUUAAAUAAACAUGAUGCCUCCAAGUUUCUUGCUUCAUUUCAGCCUCAAAAUGUUCGAUGGAAAUUUUCAAUUCCAUACCCUUUAUAUGCAGGAUACUUAUUUAUGUGUAUUAACCUGAUCAGGCAUAGAAAUUCUAGCUUUUAUGAAUUGUGGCAGUUCUCACAGAGCUGUUAGGUUUCAGACAAAGGAGAGCUUCAAGUUGCUGGGAAGGAAAGAGAGUCUCAGCUAUCAAGUUGGUUCUGGGAUAUUGCAAGUUUGCAACUAUUGUAAUGCAGAAAACUAUCGAUCCAGAAACUUAACGUCCUUAUACCAUCACCAUGGUAGAAUUACUUAUGCAUGACAUACAUAUUAUAGCAGAUUCUAAUAAAAGCUUGAAAAAACAGGCAUGUACUUGCCAUUAGAGAACUUGUUUUGUAAUGGUUCUAGUUUUUUUAGUCUGUGUUUUGGCAAAUAUGAUGAGAGUUUCUGCUGUCUAA